AUGGCGUCCGCCGUUCUCCCAGCCUGUGCGACCCCAUACCGGGCCUCUUACUCCCAUCGGUAUCCUUCCAACCUGAUGGACAUGGGCGUUGAAAUGGAUUCGUAUGGAUCCUACCAACGCUUCCACUCUCCCUCUCCCAGUCGGCGGUCCUUGAACCGUCAGCGCUCUACGUCUUUCCCCUCCGUCUACUAUUCGGGCUCUCCGGAGCAUCAUCCCGUCGAGCCUCGACGGAAGAAGGAGAGUAGUUCUCGGCGCCGUCGUCAUGGCAGCCCGUCGAACCCUCAGCCAGCCAGAUACUCGAGGAACUCGAUGCUGGUCAAUCCAGACAUUAUUGAUCGUCUGGACAGCGCGAGUCUCUGCCAGUACCAUCACGAGGGGCCCUACGAUGCUGUCUAUGCGGAGAGGAACUACCACACCAAGCAGAGCCCUGUGGAGGCAGUCAAAGAUUCAACCGCGGAGACCUUGAAGGCGACUCCGAAAGAUAAAAUUAGGGACUGCAUCGAUAGUCACCGUCCUCUGGACGGAGUGGCUUAUUACCCUCCAGGUCACACAGACAUGGAGGGCCGCACCUACGAAUACGAGGAGGGGCCGAACAUGAUGAACGACUAUGGAAACUUUAUGCGUUGUCCCGGUCAAAAAUUCACCGAUGAGGAUUUCAAAAAGGACCCCUUUUACAAUGCACCCCACCCCAAGCCAUUCGCCUCGCUCCGGAAAGCGCUCAGUAUCCGUCGUCGCAAGCGCAGCGGAACUUCUUAG